GACUGGGAAUCGAACCCACAACAUUUUGGUGUACGGGAAGACACCCCAACCAACUGAGCCACCUGUCCAGGGCUGAACUAUGCUGUCCUUUUUGGGAAUCGAUUUAGGGGGAAUUGUGGCUUCAGAAAAUGAACUAGCAUUCUAAUUUUUCUGGCUCAUAGAUUUACAGGGUUAAGAUUAUUUAUGGAAAAUUUGAGAGAAUUCUUUCAUUAAACCACCUGAGCCUUGAGUCUUUUUUUUUUAAUAUAUAUUUCUUGGAUAAUGUUUUUAACCUCUUAUUUUUGUAAUUUUAUUUCCCAGAAAAUAGUCCACUUUAUCAAGGUUUUCAUAUACAUUAGAACAGAGUCAGUUAUGGUAUUCUCUUAUUUUCCUGGUGUUCCUAACACAUUGUUUGCAGGAAGUUUUUAUCGUGCACUCUACUACCAGUCAACGUAAAAUGUAUAAAUACGUUUCCCGCAUAUUAAGAUGCAAAACCACAUUCUCUAAGAAUCUAUCCUCCGAAGCUAGGAACAGAAAACCAUAAAGAGGGAUUGGGAUCAAGAUAAGUGGGGCCGGAACUGACUAAAAUGAAAGAAAAAUAGAAUUAAAUACAAAGAUUACUCUUGGUAACUGAAGAAAAUUCAUGAUGAUGAAGAAAAACUUGAGAUACUCUCCUAGGAUUCAGAGAAAAAAGACAAAGAUUGCAUUGACAUCAGUGACCCAAGGUGAUCAUUUUAGUGGAGGAAAAAAACCAACAAUCUGUUCACAGAUUAGGGACAUAUUAGGAGAAAACUUUUCUAAGCUGAAAAGACCUUUUAUUUCUGGAAAGUUAAAAGAAAAAGGCCUACACUGAGACUUAACACUGGCAAAAUGUUUGGUUUUGACAGUAAUAAAAAGUCCCAAGCACCAGGCAAACUGCUCACCUAAAACAGACCUGCCCAGCUUUGCUAUCAUUUAUUUUGAGAUAAAAUUGACAUAAAAUUACAAUUAACCCUUGGACAAUGGGGGGGAGGGUUAGGGAUGCAAACCCCUGCACAGUUGAAAAUCCUUACAUAACUUCUCCAAAACUUCAUUACUAGUAGCCUUACAGUUGAUCAGAAGCCUUACCAAUAAUAUAAAGUUGAUUAGUAUAAAUUUUGUAUGUUACACAUGUAUACCACAUCUUUACAUUUGUUUACAUUUCUCAACUGUGAAUUGCACCAUGUACAGUCUGUGCCUAAGUGCCUAAGUUUUGAUAAAUUUUAACUAUAAUAGAUCUGUGUAUAUACUGUGGUAGUAAAUUAUAAAAUAGGUCACUACAUAUAUUUUAUGCAUUCAUGACAUGCCUGAGUUUUUCUUAAUUUUUUGAUAUUUUAGAUCACAUGGUUCAUCUGUGAGUUUUUUCAAAUUGUCACAAAUCUCUGAAAAAUUUUCCAAUACAUUUAUUGAAAAAAAUCUACAUAUAAGUGAACCUAUGCAGUUCAAACCCAGGUUGUUCAAGGGUCAACUGUAUAUAGUUUCAGGUGCAUUUGCUACCGUUCUGAAAGCCAAAAGAUACUGGGAUAAGGACAAGAGAGAGUUGAGGGAAGGUUUUGAGGCUCACAGUCAAGCCACCAUUUGUGGGUACAGUAGGAAGCACCUAGGACAGAGGCUAGAAAAACAGCAUUCACAAGUCCUCCCUCAAGUCACCAGUCAAGGCGGGUCUGAGCAAGGAAAAGAAAAUUUAGAGCAUAAAAAAGCUGGCAGUGACAUUGAUACCAAUUAAAGGGCCGGCAAAAGCCAAAAACAAUGAUCAAAAGAGGAUUUAGUGGCUUUAAAAAAGUGCCAACAAAAGCUGGGUCUAUCAUCCUGGAUUAAGUGGACAAAUAGACAUAGGUGUGAGGGUAGCAGGCCAGGACGUGGAAAAGCACAUUAAAUUUCUCCUUGCAUAAAGAGGAAUAUAAAAAUGAACGAUUUGUCUUUGACAUAAUUUGUGAAAUAUAAACUUUUUAUUUAGUAAACUUACAGUCAACCACCGGGAGAAUUAAAAAACUGGCUUUCUGCCUUGCAAAACACUAAAAGAUAAAAGCAAAUAUGGAAAAAUUCAGAAAACAGGAAAUAGCAAAAUCAAGACUAUAAAAUAGGAUGACAUGUCGAUAACCAAACAAAUCAGCUCUAACAGCAGAGAUACAAUGGGUUAUAUCUCGGCCAGAGUGGAGACACUGCGGGUUUUUAGGGCGGACCCCUUAUACCUCCAGGCUUUAGCUAAUGCUGAACCUUAGGCCUGGCUUGCUUUCCCGCCCUAUGCCCUAUUUAAGGCUAAGGCCCCAGUUCCAGGCAGACCUCUUCCUCCCGGCAGUCCUCCGGGGCCACCCUAGGCGGAAUGAGCGCUCCCCAACAGGACGCGGCGCCUGCGUGCGAAGCCGAUUCUCUGGGUCUGGGAGGAAGUCCCCACCUCACUCUCACUCCAGGAUGCGGGACGGGGCGAGGCCUCGCCUCGGGUGCGGGGCACGAGGUGAAGGCGCUGAAGCCCUGCUGAACUGUAAUGGAUGGCUUCUUAUCUCCGCCGGUUCCCUGGACGAGAAGAAAACUGCAGUCCGGGAUGGCUCUGCCGGCCUGUCCAAAGUCGCACAGCUGGUUCUGGCUGAGCCCCGACCUCGAGAGUGAGGCACAUGGCCCCUGCAGACCGGGCCCCCGAGGGUCCCAGGCUUGAGGACCUUUCGGCCCCCCCACCCCCUUGGAAACGAAAGAAGAGGAGCCUGCGCUGAUACGGAACCUCCACUUCUGCCCUUGACUGCAACACCCUCGGUUAGGACCCCACCCACAAUUUUUGGAUAGGGGCUUAGUCAUGGCGAAGCUGGAGACACUGCCUGUGCGCGCUGACUCAGGGCGGGAUCCCCUCCUGGCCUUUGCCCCACGGCCCUCUGAGCUCGGACCCCCAGAUCCUCGCCUGGCCAUGGGCAGUGUGGGCAGUGGGGUUGCCCAUGCCCAGGAGUUCGCCAUGAAGAGCGUGGGCACCCGCACAGGGGGUGGGGGCGGCCAGGGCAAUUUCCCUGGCCCUCGAGCUGGUGGCAGUGGGGCCAGCAGGGAGAGGCCAGGCCGCUACCCCUCUGAGGACAAGGCUCUCGCCAACUCCCUCUACCUCAAUGGCGAGCUGCGGGGCAGUGACCACACAGAUGUCUGUGGCAAUGUGGUGGGCAGCAGUGGUGGCAGCAGCAGUAGUGGUGGCAGUGACAAGGCCCCACCACAGUAUCGUGAGCCCAGCCACCCACCUAAGCUCCUGGCCACCUCCGGCAAGCUAGACCAGUGUUCAGAGCCGCUGGUUCGGCCUUCAGCCUUCAAGCCUGUUGUACCCAAGAACUUCCACUCCAUGCAGAACUUGUGUCCCCCACAGAACAGCGGGACCCCUGAGGGACGACAGGGCCCUGGUGGCCUCAAGGGUGGACUGGACAAGUCUCGGACCAUGACCCCAGCGGGCGGGGGUGGGGGCAGCCUCUCAGACUCAGGCCGGAACUCACUCACAAGCCUGCCCACCUACAGCUCUAGCUACAGCCAGCACCUGGCGCCCCUCAGUGCCUCCACCAGCCACAUCAACCGCAUUGGCACUGCCGGCUAUGGUAGUGGCAGUGGCAGUGGUAGUGGCAGCAGCGGUGGUGGGUCAGGCUACCAGGACCUGGUGACCUCUGACAGCGGGCGGGCCUCCAGCAAGAGUGGGUCCUCCUCAUCCAUGGGGCGGCCUGGCCACCUGGGAUCGGGAGAGGGCGGAGGUGGAGGCCUGCCGUUUGCGGCCUGCUCACCACCCUCGCCCAGUGCUCUGAUCCAGGAUCUAGAGGAGCGGCUGUGGGAGAAGGAGCAGGAGGUGGCAGCACUGCGACGGAGCCUGGAGCAGAGUGAGGUGGCAGUGGCCCAGGUGCUGGAGGAGCGGCAGAAAGCGUGGGAGCGGGAGCUGGCCGAGCUGCGGCAGGGCUGCAGCGGGAAGCUGCAGCAGGUGGCCCGCCGUGCCCAGCGAGCCCAGCAGGGCCUACAGCUGCAAGUGUUGCGGCUGCAGCAAGACAAGAAGCAGCUGCAGGAGGAGGCAGCCCGGCUGAUGCGACAGCGGGAAGAGCUCGAGGACAAGGUGGCCGCCUGCCAGAAGGAGCAGGCCGACUUCCUGCCCCGGAUGGAGGAAACUAAGUGGGAGGUGUGCCAGAAGGCCGGGGAGAUUUCCCUCCUGAAGCAGCAGCUGAAGGACUCGCAGGCCGAUGUGUCCCAGAAGCUGAGUGAGAUCGUGGGGCUGCGCUCCCAGCUGCGGGAGGGCCGCGCCUCGCUGCGGGAGAAGGAGGAGCAGCUGCUCAGCCUGAGGGACUCGUUCAGCAGCAAGCAGGCCAGCCUGGAGCUGGCCGAGGGUGAGCUGCCCGCCGCCUGCCUCAAGCCGGCGCUGACCCCGGUAGACCCCUCUGAGCCGCAGGAUGCCCUGGCCACCUGUGAGAGCGACGAGGCCAAGAUGCGCCGGCAGGCGGGGGUGGCCGCCGCCGCCUCCUUGGUCUCCUUGGACGGGGAGGUGGAUGCUAGUGGGGAGAGCGGGACGAGGGCCCUGCGGCGGGAGGUGGGCCGGCUGCAGGCCGAGCUGGCAGCUGAGCGGCGGGCUCGGGAGCGCCAGGGGGCCAGCUUCGCAGAGGAGCGCCGCGUGUGGCUGGAGGAGAAGGAGAAGGUCAUCGAGUACCAGAAGCAGCUGCAGCUGAGCUACGUGGAGAUGUACCAGCGCAACCAGCAGCUGGAGCGGCGGCUGCGCGAGCGUGGGGCUGCGGGGGGUGCCAGCACACCCACCCCCCCGCACGGCGAGGAGAAGAAAGCCUGGACCCCCUCCCGCCUUGAGCGCAUUGAGUCCACAGAAAUCUGAUCCCUAAUCUGGGCAUGCGGACUUUUGACAAAUGCCCUGUCAAAGGCCAGAGUCCCCAAUAUCCCCUCCCGUCACCUCUCUUCCCCACAUUUCCCAUAUCCCCAGACCAAAGAGGUUCUCAAAGCAGCUGUGACCAGGUCCCUCCCCUCCCUUCACUGAGUGCCCUCCUAGCUCUACCACUGCCCCUCUGGGCAACCCACUGGGACCCUCCUCCCUAGGAGAAGACAGGGAGAAGGCAGAGCGUGUGGGGACUAGGGGCCCAGGCUUCAUUUGUUGGCACUCCCUUGUUGGAGAUGGAGGUGGCAGGCCUGCAGAGCCAUGAGGUGCCCCAGCCCCUUGUUGGUCUGGGCUGCUACUGUUGGCCACCCUGGGUCCAGUGAUGUUCUCUGUGCUCACCUCAUAGGCCAUGUAGCCUGAGGGGGCCUGCAUAGGGUCUGCUGAAACUGAGAGACCUUGGGUUCCUGGCCUCUCUCCUUCCUGCAGUUUUCUCCCUUUCUGGGCAGAUUGGCAGGACAAGUGGGAGCAGAUGGCCUGCCUGUGGUUGAGAGGGCUACCUGCCCAGCCCCUCCCCACCAAGGUCUCUUGGGCUCAGGCCUUAGAGCCUGGCUUGGUCUGAGUGUGUGUCCAUAUGUGUGUUGGGAGGGAAGGGCUGGGGCUGGAGGCUGUGUCCAGGAAAGAUUUGCCCUCCUGUUCCUGGGAAGGGUCACCUGGAGGCUUCUAAGUUCUCCCUCCCUACCCUCACCCCCUCUUUCUGGCCAGAAUCCAAGGGCAAUAGUCUCAUCUGCUUGGCCUACCCCAUACUGAGGGCCACUGUCUGGUUCUAACUACAGCUAUUAAGUGCUACCUGCCUCUCAGGCACUCCCCUCACCCAGUUCCUGAGGUCAUGAGUGUCUGUGAUGUCUUGCCCUCUGCAUUCCCCCAGCCUCCUGCUUUCAGCUCAGAACAUCAUUGUCCCAGGCCACCUCUUCCCCCAAAACUCACCUUUUCUUCCAGUAGAAAAAAAAUUCUGCUUGAUAUUUGGUGCACUGCCCACUUCCAAGCUCCACUGGGCCCAAGCCUGAGCCUUUGUUUUGGGGGCUGGGGGGAUGGUUGAGAUUGCCCUUAAAAAACAAGGCUGACCUUAGAGGAACACUGACCUUUGGGUUCCCAGGGUCCUGAGGUAGCCCACCGUUUGCCUAGGGUAGGCCUGUCAUGGCCAUCAAUGGGGGUUGGGGCAGCCAAUGUGACUUUCUCCUCCAUGGGCCCUCUCAGAGUCCAUCUGCCCAAGAUAGGAAGGGAAAAGCAAAUUUCUAAUUCACCAGCAAUAAAAAUUGGAGGAGGCUUGGCCCUUAGCCCUUGUAUUUCUCUCUUUUCACUCUCUUCCUCCCACCCCCAAGACUAGGUUUGGGGACAGGGUGGAGAGAGCUGGCAAGUACUGUGAGCAAGUCCUCUAACCCCUGACCAGCCUCCUCCCAUGACUGGUGACUGUUUAACAAGCUGUGUCCCCCCCAUGAAAACAGAGUGCCCCUCUGUGUGGCCUCUAUCUUUGCACAGCCCCUUCCGGUGGCCCUCACCAAAUCUCUGAACUGGGUUAGGAGGCCAUCCUGGCAAUCACUGCCCAUUUCACUCACCCCUCAGUGUACCUGUCCCAGAACCUGGGCUGGGCCAGAGGGGCAGGAGGAAGAGAAGGCAUUAGUAGGAAAAAAAAAAAAAAAAAAAUUAACACUCAGCUUUGGGACUUCCAACCACAAAAGAAAUUAUAUAUAAAUAUAUAUAAAUAUAUAUAUCUACCAUAUGUGAUGAAAAGACUUUGUUUUCUUUUCCCAAAGAAAUAAAAUGGAGAAAGCCUCUUGAGUGGCAUUCUUUG